GGCAUCAGGUCAUUUAGCUCACCAGCGGGCACCGCGUCAUCUGGCAAGGCAGUGGGCACCGAGUCACCAGGCACGACAGCGGGCUCUGAGUCAACUAGCAUGACAACGGGCACCGGGUCACCAGGUACCGGAUUGUCUGGCUUGACAGCGGGCAUCGGGUCACCAGGCCUAAUAGGAUCAGAGGCAUCAGGCUGAAGAGAGGCAUCAGGCUGAAGAGAGGCAUCAGGCUGAAGAGAGGCAUCAGGCUGCGUACAGGCAU